AUGCCUAACAAACCUGCAAAGUAUGGUAUAAAGUUAUUUUCUCUGGCGGAUGCUACAAUAUACUACACAAAGAAGUUAGAAAUAUACGUUGGGAAGCAGCUAGAAGGUUCGUAUAAUCUAGAUACUUCAACUGUUGCUCUUGUCAAAAGGAUGAUAAAACCAAUUGCAGGAAGUGGACGAAAUGCGACGAUGGAUAACUGGUUUACGAGCAUUUCGCUAGCUGAACAAUUACUUACAGAUUAUAAUUUGACAGUAGUUGGCACAGUGAAAAAGAACAACCCGGACAUCCCAAAUGACUUCAAGCGAAUAUGCUUGGAAGAAUUUUCCUGCGUGUUUGGUUAUAAACAAACACAGACAUUACUUUCUUACUGCCCCAAAAAGGAUAAAAUUGUACUAUUGCUCUCGACAAUGCACAAUUAUGGCGCAGUGGAUGAUUCUACUCAAAAAAGCUCCCGGAAGUGA